CUUCGGGGGCGUCUGUGUAUCUGGAAGGGAAGGAAGGGUGGGCCUAUGUUGCAGCAUUCAGUCAUAAUGUCUCUUAAUUUUCUUUGCAAAAUGCAGCAACGUCCCAAGUAGGUCGCAUGAAAAUAGCACUCAGGUUAGCACUCAACAACAGAGGGAAGGCUGGGUUGCUGUGAGUUUUCCAGGCUGUAUAGCCAUGUUCCAGAAGCAUUCUCUCCUGACGUUUCGCCCCCAUCUAUGGCAGGCAUCCUCAGAGAUUGUGAGGUCUGUUGGAAACUAGUCAAGGGGGAGAAAGAACUCUUGUCUAUUGGAGGCAAGUAUGGAUGUUGCAACUGAUCACCUUGAUUUGCACUGAAUAGCCUUUCAGCUUCAAAGCCUGGCUGCUUCCUGCCUGGGGGAAUCCUUUGUUGGGAGGUGUUAGCUGACCCUGAUUGUUUCCUGUCUGGAAUCCCCCUGUCUUCAGAGUGUUGUUCUUUAUUUACUGUCCUGAUUUUAGAGUCUUUUAACACUGGUUGCCAGAUUUUCUUCAUUUUCGUGGUUUUUUCCUUCCUGUUGAAAUUGUCCGCACGCUUGUGGAUUUCAAUGGCUUCUCUGUGUAGCCUGGGGUGGUAGUUGUUAGAGUGGUCUUGCAUUUCUGUGUUCUCAAAUCAUAUGCUGUGUCCAGGUUGGUUCAUCAGGUGCUCUGCUCUGGCUGACUUCUCUGGCUGAAUCAGUCUGCAGUGCCUUUCACGUUCCUUGAUUCGUGUCUAGGUAACGCUGCGUUCGGUGGUCCCCAUGUAGACUUGUCCACAGUAGACUCCUGCAGAGGUGAGAGGGUCCCUCUUGUCCUUUGCUGCUCUCUUUGCUAAACGAAAGCCCGCCCCCUCUCCCUCCAACCUGGAAGAGGGCGGGGAAAGCCACGUGAUCGGAAAGUCACGUGACUGUGCUGGAAUUCCCUCCGCAAACUUCACUCUGGCCCUGGAGUCUCUGAUUGACAGCGGGAGCUUUUGAACUGAAAAGACAUUGUGGCCAGUCCUAUGCCUGCGGAGGAGAGCAUAUCCAGCUGUCUACUUUUUCACUGCGAUGCUACUGAUUGAGAAGCCUGAGCACAGGGGACUGUGUGUGAUCCUGUGGGUUUUUAUCAGCAUCACUUUGCUCAGCGUCUCAGGGACCCACGGAGCACCUCAAGAGGCAGAGAAGAGAGGCAGGGAGAAGGACAGAGGUGGAGAAGCAGAGGAACAACAUGAGAAACUUGCUGAUCAGCCAGAUCUGCUUAGAAGCUCCAGCAUUCAACCCACCCAAUGUGACAUCCCUCCAGACAGCCGCUUUGAUUGUGCCCCAGAUAAACUGCUCUCUCAAGAAGAAUGUGAAGCUCGAGGCUGCUGCUACAUCCCUGCUCAGCCCAAGGGCAAUGCUAUUUGGCAACCGUGGUGUUUCUUCCCUCCCAGCUACCCCAGUUACAAGAUGGUGAACCUGACUACCACCAAAACUGGUUAUACUGCCCAGUUGACUCGGGACAGACCCACUUUCAUGCCAGAAGAUAUAAUGAACUUGGAGUUGGAUGUGCUCUUUGAGACGGAAAGUAGGCUUCACUUCACACUUAAGGAUCCAGCUAAUAAACGUUAUGAGGUACCUUUAGAAACUCCCCAAUCAAGCAACAAGGCAUCCUCCACAUGGUACUCAGUGCAGUUCUCAGAUGAUCCCUUUGGCCUCAUUAUUCUUCGUACGUCCAAUGGACGUGUAUUGCUCAAUACCUCAGUGGCCCCCCUAUUUUAUGCAGACCAGUUCCUGCAGAUCUCAACUUCCUUGCCUUCCCAUUUCAUCUCUGGACUGGGUGAGCAUUUGACUUCACUCACCCUUAGUGUCAACUGGACCAAGGUUACCAUGUGGAAUCGAGACAUGUCACCGAUGCCUUCAGCCAAUUUGUAUGGUUCACAUCCUUUCUAUCUAGUGCUAGAAGAGGAUGGCUUGGCCCAUGGAGUCUUUUUGCUAAACAGCAAUGCCAUGGAUGUGAUACUGCAGCCCAGUCCAGCCCUGACAUGGAGAACAACUGGGGGGAUCCUGGACUUCUAUGUCUUCCUGGGCCCAGACCCAAAGAGUGUGGUGCGCCAGUAUAUGGAUGUCAUUGGGUAUCCAUUUAUGCCCCCAUACUGGGCCCUGGGAUUCCAUCUCUGCCGCUGGGGAUAUGCUUCGACUGCCGUUACCCGGGAGGUGGUGAAGAACAUGACAGCUGCACAGUUCCCCUUGGAUGUGCAGUGGAAUGAUCUGGAUUAUGCAGAUGCUGGGAGAGAUUUUACCUUCAACAAAGAUGCUUUUGGGGAUAUGCCAGAAAUGGUGAAUGAAUUCCAUCGUGAGGGACGGAGGUAUGUCAUGAUCGUGGAUGCCGGCAUCAGCAGUUCUAGCCCCACUGGCACUUACAAACCUUUCGAUGAAGGCUUGAAACGUGGGGUCUUCAUCUUAAAUGCAACUGGACAGCCUCUGAUUGGGAAGGUUUGGCCUGGACCCACAGCCUUCCCUGACUUCACAAAUCCAGAGACACAUCAGUGGUGGCAUGAUAUGGUUAAGGAUUUCCAUGAUCAAGUUCCUUUUGAUGGCAUGUGGAUUGAUAUGAAUGAGCCAUCAAAUUUUGUGGAAGGUUCUGUGGAAGGCUGUCCCAACAACAAGCUUGAGGCCCCACCUUAUGUGCCAGGUGUAUUAGGUGGAUCCUUGAAGUCGCGAACUCUUUGUGCCUCCAGUAAGCAAUAUCUGUCUUCUCACUACAACCUGCACAGUCUGUAUGGACUGACAGAAGCCAUAGCAUCCCAUGAUGCAUUGGUGAAAGUGCGAGGAAAGCGUCCGUUCGUGAUCUCACGUUCCACCUUCGCCAGCCACGGUCGAUAUGCUGGCCAUUGGACAGGGGAUGUUUUGAGUACCUGGGAACACUUAUACUACACCAUCUCAGCGGUGCUGCUUUUUAACCUUUACGGUGUGCCGUUAGUUGGUGCAGAUGUGUGUGGUUUUGUGGGGAGCACCUCAGAGGAGCUUUGUGUGCGCUGGACCCAGCUUGGUGCCUUCUACCCUUUUAUGCGAAAUCACAAUGACCGCAGAAACUUGCCUCAGGAACCAUACGUCUUCAGCCAAAAGGCCCAGCAGGCUAUGAGAAAAGCCCUCUUCCUGCGCUACUCAUUCCUGCCUUAUCUCUACACUCUCUUCCACAAAGCUCACUCUGCAGGGGAGACGGUGGCCCGGCCCCUCUAUUUGGAGUUCCCAGAAGAUCCAAAUACAUGGAAUGUUGAUCGGCAGUUCAUGUGGGGAUCAGGACUUCUCAUUACACCUGUGUUAGAGGCAGGAAAGACUGAAGUCAGUGGCUAUUUCCCUUUGGGCACAUGGUACAAUCCUCUGACUGGAUUUAUCAUACACAGCAAGGGGCAGUGGAUUCUCUUAUCGGCUUCUCUUGACACUAUCAAUGUCCAUGUACGUGCAGGUCACAUCCUACCUUUGCAGAAACCAGCAUUCACAACCACAGAGUCUCGCAAAAAUGGGAUGAUCUUAGUGGUGGCUUUGACGAUGGAAGGGGUAGCCCGAGGCGAUCUGUUCUGGGAUGAUGGUGAAGGACUAUUUACCUUUGAAAAGGGCGAUUACACACAAAUCCUCUUCCUGGCAAGAAAUGGUAUGUUGGUGAAUGAGAUUGUGCGACUCAACAGCCAGGUGGAUGGACUGCUAUUGAAAGAGGUGUUGAUUUUUGGUGUACUCAGCCCUCCUCAUACUGUCCUGGCCAAUGGUACCCCCAUCUCAGAUUUCUCCUACCGCACAGACACCAAGAUCCUUAACAUCCCACUCUCCCUGCUGAUGGGAGAGCAAUUUGUCAUCACAUGGUCUUAAGCCAAAGAAGGAAAGCAUCUUGGUUUCACUGGACGGCAAUGAAACAAGUAGUAAAAUGUGCAGGGUGUGCAUAGCCUUAAAAUGCUCUGAUCAUUCAUCUCAAAGUGUCCUUCUGAAGACAAUUGCUUUCUGUGACAUUGUAAAAAGAAACCAAAGUCUCUAGUGGUCUUUUUAAAUCUUCAUUUCAGCUGGGUAUUGGACAAUUUUAGUUUUACUUGAAUGUUACUGAAUUUCAUGGCAUAUUUGUCAAAUGCCUUACAGAAUUUCACUGUUCGCUGUUUGUUUUUCAAAAUAAUUUUCACAAACAAGAACAAUAUCUGCUGUCUUGUUGUGUUGGAUCUUGCUUUACUGGAGUUGCCAGAACCUUGGUCUCAAGCAGAUAUAGAAGCCAGGUUGACAGCUGCCAUAUCAGAUUCCAGGUUAUGCUUCCUUCAGGAAUUAAUUGAUCAUCUCCAUUGCCUAUAACAAUCCAGGACCAAGCUAAGGGCAACAGCAGAUCAAAUUUCCUGGAUUUAGAGACAGUUGUGAUGUUAAUUGCAAACACAUUUUUCUCUCUCCACACCAUUAAUUAGGAGCCCAGCCAAAAGCCUGCUGCCAGUACAGCUAGCAGAGCUGACAUUUCUGCAGGCAUGGGACUUGCAUUCCAGGGCAAAACAUUAUCACACAAGAAUGGAGCUACUUCGUGUGGCUUUACUGCUUGGGAGAGAAGUAGAAACAAGUUAUCUGCUUGAAAAACCUGAUCUUAUCCAAACAUGAAGCUUUUAUCCUUUGAGACAGAUAUAAAGAAGAAAAAUGCUGGUGAGCUGGGAACUUAGGGAGGGCAGGGAUGUUCUUUGCCUUUUUGAAAUGCACUGAAGCUUGCAAUGUAUUUUUCACCAGUUUAAAGAGAAAUGUGUGUGUGUGUGUAGUGAUUCCAAUAAAUAUUUUUCUUUAA